AUGGCUGAACCCACUCCUACAUCAAACAAUAAGACUGCCAAUCCGUCAGACCGCAACCCCACGUUGCAAGACCCCUCCGACAGCACUAACGGAGAAGGGGGCUACGUUAUCCUGCUUCUACCCCCGUUCCACGCGAGCAACAUUCAACGUCGCGCAGCCGAUGUCAUGCGCAGAAGACUGCAGUGGUCCGAGGGCUCUCCUCCAGGAAUAUACUGGAACGGGGACGACAACCCGUACCAACCAUUCUUGUUGAAGGAUGUUCAAGAGGAUGACGCGCGAGACAACACUGCGGGUUCUUCUGGAGUUCAAGAUCCUGCGGUCACCAGCAUCACCACGCAAGGCUUCGAGUCGACCUUGGAUGAUUCUUCAGAUUCGGGGUCAUCAGCGCCUGCUAGCCCACUCACGCCAACAUCGUCCGACUUAUCCACACCUCCUGAGACCCCAUUCAAGACGUCGAGGUUCUCUGGUACAACCAGACGUCGCGGUACCGGUGCAUCUCAGGAUGACUCGGAUGACGAAGUGCAAGGCCAGCUAAUCGAGCUUGGCGCAGAGAAUAUACAUGUGGUGAGAAGACAGUUUUACAUGAUGAAGCUGUUCGAAAGCGACGGAAAAUGCAAGGAGACCGUGCUUAAGAUGAAUAUCGACACUGGAUCGAACGAUACCUGGAUCUUGGGCGAGGACCAUUGUCAGAUCGAGAUUCUUGAAAAGCGUCGAAGAUCCGGUCUCCCAAGCAAGAUCCGUCUGCGCAAAUGGCCGCUAAACAAUCAGCCGUCGCGGCAUCAUACUUUGAAGCCUAAUCCCUUUGCGCGCAAUCCCGGAGAUCUUGGUGAAAUCCUACAAGAGCCAGGUCUACCGCCGAGGAUUGCGUACAGCGACAAGUCUUUAGUCUUGAUCGAACAGCUCACUGAGCCGCUCACAUUCAGGGUGAAAAACUUCUAUAACUGGAAUUCAUCUCUGCGGCGGAAUGCGCCCCAUACUUUUGGCUAUCGGUUUGCGGUCGCGUACGCCGUAAAUGACCAGAUCAUGCGCGAUCCAGCCGACGGCAUAGUAGGGCUUGGGCCACUACGCCGACAGCAGGCUUUUGAGCCCACUGCGGCUGAGAAGGACUUCUCGAGCGUGUUGACAGAGCAAUGCGUGGCGUUGGAGGGUGAAACUGAGGAUGACACUUACAACGGCGGCCAUGUCCACUGUUUUGCGUUGCGCCCGGCGUGGGUUGACAAAAGGAUCGACCCUAGCUGGUGGUCGAUCAAUAAGGUUCCUGGCGACAUAGAUUUCUCAGAGAAGAUCCCGGUCCGAGAACGGCCGUCCCGCCGGAAGGAAUCCCCUGGUAUCCGGGACUGGGCUGUUGACAUGCUGUCGAUGGAGUUCUACCAACUUGUUUUGCAACGCGACGAUGCAGGUGUCCCGCAGCGGCGUCGUGUGUUGCUAGGUCGGGUCGACUUCACCGAGCGUGAAGAAGGCGAAUUGGGAACCGGGGGCACAGGCGUCCUCUUUAUUCUCGACACCGGUGCGAGCACGACCGACUUGCCCCCUGUAGCUUUUGAGCAUAUACAGAAGAAUAUCUUCCCCGCCGCGAAUGUCGGACGCACGAAGUCCUCGUUGAGGAUACCCCCAGCUUAUUGCAGCGAUGAUUCGGUUGUGGUUGAUUUCGUAUUCCGGGGGGAGAACGACGCUCCGGUCACGGUCACCGGACCCGGGAUGCCAUUCCUAUGCCAGGGCCCGGACGGCAAAGGCUUACUAUUCCCGUAUAGGGGCUUGGGUGGAUAUGUCCUUGGUGUCAACUUUUUCCAUACGAUGUUUGUGGCAAUGCACAGGCCAGGGAACUCCCUCCUUCACGGGCCGUACGUUAGGUUGGCACCUCAAUGGCCUCAAGAGAGGUACCGUCUUCGGCUCCCCCCUAGAGAGCAUGACCAGAACAGCGACGGCGAAGAUACGCAGAUGGAGGCGACGGAGGGAGUCGAACCGAUGGAAGUAGACGGGGAGCCGAUGUAG